AUGGCCGAUAAUCAGCCCAUCAAUACGGACCGUAUGGACGUUGAAGCUGUUUUUCGAGAUGGGUCAUGGGAUCUUCUAUCACCUCCACCGGCCGAUAUUGCGGAUGCUGCCCACCAAGCUACCGCACGUCACUGGGGUUUGGAGGAUGGCGGGGCCCCGAUGAACAUCGAUGAACAAGAUGGUGGUGCCGAGAAUCAAACAAUGGACGUUGACCAAGUCCCAGAGAACAAAAUACUGAGCUUAAAUGACAUAAAAGACAUUCCGAAUUUUGCCAGUCUGUUUAGUCUGCAAAAGGUGAAAGACCGCGCAUUCAAAAAGUUCAAUAGUUCCGAACUGGAGUACCGUAUUCAGAUUGCUUCCCUGCCCCGAUUCUUUUCCAAAGAGGAGACCGUACUUCUCAUGCCGUUAGUGUUGGAGACGGUUCUUCAGAUGUGUAUGGAAACUUUUGAUCCCUCCGACCGCAUUAACGUUUCCGUUCAUUGUCAAACCCUGGACAAUCCAAUCUUUUUGUCGAUGCGCAAGCUGUCAGACUUUAAAAUUAAGGACCUCAUUGCCGUUUUUACCAAAGCCAACUCAGGACGUACCUCCAAUCACAAGUGCUUUAUUAAGACUCUACCUAAACCCCCUCCAUCUGAUGAUCCCAACCCGCCGUUGAAGUACAUUUUCUUCGACUACGAGACGUACAACGACCCAGUUCAUGGGCACACCCCUGUCUGUGUUGUUGCCCAGUACGUCGACGGCACGGAAUUUCGAUUUCCGGCAGACGGCCAGCCGAUGACGAAAGAAGUCGGUCAGCAGUUUGGUGAAUGGUUGUUUUCGGAGCAGCACCGCAACCACACCAUUAUCGCGCACAAUUUCCGGGGAUAUGACGGGCACUUCAUCUUAAAGUACCUUAUGGACAAUAAGCUAAAGGGUGUAGAGGUAAUCAAGCGGGGCAACCAGCUUCUGGAAUUGCGUUACAGUGGAUUAGCCAUGACCUCACGGGAUACGCUGAACUUUUUGCCGAUGCGGUUAAGCAGUAUGCCAAAAGCUGUGGGUCUGGAAUUGGAGAUAAGGAAAGGGGAUUUUCCGCAUCACUUGAAUCAUCCAAACAACUGGGACAAGAUAUUACCCUGGCCCGAACCGGAAAUGUAUUUUUUCGAUAGUCUUAAAGGGAAACAGAAGCAGGAAUUCCUCCAGUGGCAUUCUGAGGCCAGAAAAGCGUCCAACAAUCGUUUCGACUUCCGAGCGGAAAUCAUGGCUUACUGCUGCAAUGACGUCACCGUCCUUAGGCGCUGCGCUUUGCAGUUUGCAAUGGAUUUUCGUGGUCUAACGUCAUUAAACCCACUGGACAGCAUCACGAUGUCUUCUGCUUGCAAUAAGUACUACCGCACCUAUCACUUGGAACCUAACAAAUUGGGAGUUUUGUCGGCACAUGGCCCCCACCGGAACCGUCGUACCAGUGUCCAGGCUACUCAGUGGUUGGAAGUGCUUAACCGAGACCUGAGUGGGCGUAUCCAACAUGGACGUAAUGGUAAAGAGGUUCAUAUUGGUCCGUACUAUGUAGAUGGAUACGAUGCAGUAACUCGUACUGUGUACGAGUAUAAUGGUUGCGUGUUCCAUGGGCACCCUGAGUGUACGGAGCCGCAGGAUCGGUCACCUUUUUCGCGCAAGCUGAUGCGUGAUGUAUACGAAGAGUACGUGGACCGUGUGCGCUACCUGGAAGACGAAAAUUAUACCGUUGUAACAAUGUGGGAAUGUCAUUGGAUGAAGGAACGCAACGAACUAAAUAUCGCCGACUUUCUGGCUGGGCAAAAUCUCCGCGACCCAAUGAAUCCACGUGAAGCCUUCAAGGGCGGUAGGACUAACGCGAGUCGACUGUAUUAUGAAGUAAAACCGGGACAAAAAAUCCUUCACUUUGAUGUGGUCAGUCUGUACCCUUUUGUCAACAAGACAAAAGCGUAUCCGAUCGGAUAUCCGACAGUUAUUCUCUCGGAUUUUGAGAACGUUAGAAAGUAUUUUGGCCUUGUAUACUGCAAAGUCCUUCCUCCGCCGCAGUGCCUAUACCCUGUCUUACCCGCAACUAUCAACAGAAAGCUGGUCUUCGCUCUGUGUCGUACGUGUGCCGAAGCUCAGAACAAUGACUUCUGCCAGCACAGUGAUGCUGACCGAUGCAUUGAAGGUGUGUGGACUACCCCGGAACUCCAUCACGCCAUGGACCGCGGAUACACUGUACAGAAAGUGUAUGAAGUGUACCACUGGGACCAAAAAGAGGCCGGUCUGUUUGCAAAGUACAUUAAUAAAUUCCUGAAAAUCAAGAUGGAAGCCAGUGGCUGGCCAAGUUGGUGCAAAACGCAAAAGCAAAAAGAUGCGUAUAUACGGCAAGUAAAGGAACGCGAAGGCAUCGAUCUGGAUCCGGAAGCCAUGAUUUACGAUGCCGGACGCCGCAACGUAGCUAAAAAUUGCCUGAAUUUCCUGUGGGGCAAGCUGGGCCAACGGGAUAACUUCUCUGUAACAAAGUUUCUGCACAAGAUCAAGCCGUACUUGGAUUUGGUCCGCUCAAAUGCUGUGGAAAUCCAAGAUGUUUAUGCGAUUAAUGAAGAUUGUCUUAUGGUUACAUAUGCACAAGGUGAGGAUUAUAACGAAGGUAACAAUUCCACCAAUGUAGCUAUUGCCGCUUUCACCACGGCCAACGCCCGCCUUGUCCUGCUGGACUUGAUGGAGAAGCUCGGAGAGCGGCUCAUGUAUUACGACACCGAUUCUGUCAUAUUUAUUCAACGCCCCGGGGACUGGUUGCCUGAAACCGGAAGCAUUCUGGGGGAUUGGGAUAACCAACUGCAAGCCGGGGAGAACCACAUCGUCAAAUUCGUGUCGUGUGGACCCAAGGUGUAUAGUUAUGAGACUGACACCGGGCGCAUUGAGCUGAAGGCCAAGGGGAUCGCACAAAAUGGGUAUACUGAAGAUAUCUUGGAUUUUGAUGAAGUGAAGAAGUCCUUUGUUCGAAGCGGCCGCGCCUUGGAUUUUGACGCCCUCAAGCGCCUACUGGACGGAACGGACAAACACCUGGAAAUCAUCUAUCCGGAGUUCCUUAAACGGAACGGAAAAACUCAGGCCAUUAAUACCAUCCAACUUUUCAAAAAACUUAAAAUGGUUUACGAUAAGCGCAUGCUUUUUCCUGAUUUCUCUACCUUGCCUUUUG